AUGAAUGCAGAUAUUAUCACAAAUGAUAUAAAUCCCAAAGAUCAUGGUGGGAUAACUGGUCUGUUUAAAUGGACAAAAGAUGCAUUAUUUGGUUCAAGUGUUUCACCUACGAGGAAAUACAAAGAAUUUGCACAGGAUGACACGAAUUAUAAGUAUCAGAGGUUUAAUAAUAUAUAUCAUGAAAAUAAUGAUGAGUGCACGGUCGAACAUGGCAGGUCUCGAUCUUCUUCAUGGACAGGUGGCUCAAACCAGGCAUUUUAUGAUAAGUAUGACCUGCUACGGGAUCCAUUGGUGAACGAUGAUAAAUACAGAAAGAAUAAAGUCAGAUUUUCUCAUCAAAGAUAUCAAACUGGCAUGGAUGAAAGUACACAUGAAGGUAACUAUGUCAACGUGAAGAAUAUGCAACAGGAUUUGGAUUAUAUUAUGGAUCCAGAAAGAAGACUAAAAAUAGAGAAAUUGUUAGCUCCCGUGGAAAUUCAUCCAAAUAGCAUGUCGAAUGCCGGAUACAAUGACAACACUGAUACUUUUGCGAAUAAAACGAAUGGUUUCAGGAAAACAUCAACGCUUUAUGACGAUGUAAAGGUUCCAACUCAAGACCCGGCAUUCUUAUCUGCACUUUUUAGGAAAACAGUAGGCAAUGAAUCCGAACGUUUUGAUCGCAGCCAAGCUCCGAAUAUUUCGAGAUCUGAGAGUCCUCAAGUGUUGCCAGGUAAGUUCACGUCUCCAUUGAAGAAUAAUGGUAAUAAGAAUCUAAUUAAAGAUCAUACAUCAGAUUAUCUAUCACUUUUGGAUAAACUUGAUAAAAAUAGUAGGGAUCUUGAAUUGAUGUACAAGGAUAUAUUAGGUCGCAAAGAAGAAAACAAGAAACGGGAAGAAAGUUAUAAAAUGAAAUAUAUGGAAAUUAAAAAUGAAUUGAACAAUGAAAAACUACAGUCCAAAAAGAUAUUUGAUAACUUCUACAAAUUGCAUAGCAAAUAUGAUGAAUUAAAAAAAAUAAGCAACAAAGCCAUCGAAUUAAGUUACAACUCACCAAAAGUUGAUGAUAAACUUGUUGCUCAAGUUAUGGAUAAGGACAGGGAAAUAAGUAAUUUAAAUGAUAAAAUAGUAGAAUUAGAAAUUACAAAUAAGAAACUAAGAGAAAAAAAUGAAAUUGAUAAAAUGAAAUAUAUUUCGAAACUUGAUGAAUUAGAAACAUUAUUCAAUAAACAACGUCAACUUAAGGGGAAAGAAUAUUUCGAAAAAGAGUUUUUAGAAGAUAAAUUCAAGCAUUCAGAUUAUGAGAAAGCCAAAUAUCUAGCAGAUCAAGAUCUGAAGCUAGAUGAUAUUUUUAACAGAAACCCAGACUUAAGUUCAAUUGAAAACAGAUACUCUCCAGACCACAACUAUAAAUAUUCCAAAUAUAAGGAAAUAAACGUUGAUUCUGAUUACCUGUGA